UUGCAUCUCGUGUGCAUUGCUAGAAAUUAUCUUUUGCGCAUGCGUUGUGAGCUCUACAUAACGAAGUCGUUUCCUUCCGCGAAACUUCACGGUGACCCGUUAAAUAUCCCGAAUUUAGAUGGAAAAUGUGCAUAAAUGCAGCUCACAAUGGAACAACAUCUUUCGAGAUGACGAUAUUGCGUGUCUAAUUUAGACAUCUGAGCUACCGGUAAGGAGUACAGGAACAAUGGGAGGCUAUGAUUUUGAAAGCGAUGACCGGUGGAAAGACCUCCUUCUUGCUGCUCUGCGGAAGGUUCAGAGAGAUGUGCAUCCUUCCUUGAUUGUAGAAGAGGCAGCACUGGAGUACAUAGAGUCCCUCAUCGUCCGGCUGCUUGGCAUGCUGUGCGCCGGUCAGCCCCACACUGUCCAGGAUGUGGAGGAGCGAGUCCAGAGGGUCUUUCCACACCCCAUCGACCAGUGGACUAUCAGCGAUGCUCGCAACGCCCUAGAGAAGGGCAAGAAGAGGGCCCCGCUAUUUUUGCCCGUCGAUAAGAUACAUUCUCUGCUGAAGGAGGGUCUAGGUUACCGCGUGGAUUCCCAGGUCUCCCUGUAUCUAGUGGCUGUCAUGCAAUACAUAGCUGCUGACAUCUUGAAGUUGGCAGGAAACUACGUGAAAAAUAUACGGCACAUGGAGAUAUGCUGCCAGGACAUCAAAGUGGCCAUGUGUGCUGACAAGGUCCUGAUGGAGAUGUUUCACCAAGACGAUGAGGAGGUCUCCAUGUCCUCCUUAGCCCUGGAGGACAGCGAGGAGUCUGACGACCGGACCGGCACGCUCAAAUACGACGAGGUUGUCAAGGACAUGAUCCUAGAGGAGACCCAGUACAUACGGGACCUGAACCUCAUCAUCAAGGUCUUCCGUCGCCUCUUCUCUGAGGAGUCUAAUCUGUUUACUGAACAGGAUGUGGCAGACAUCUUUGGCAACCUCUUAGACAUCCACAGUAUCUCGGUGUCCUUCCUGAGUCAGCUGGAGGAUGCCAUGGAGAUGAUGGACGACAACAGCUCCUAUCCUGCCAUUGGAGAGUGCUUUGAAGAAAUCGCUGAGGGUGAAGAGUUUGAGCCAUACAUCCCCUAUGCUAACCAGAUCCUGAGCAGAAAGUGCCGAGAUACUCUCGACAGAUUGCUGACGCGGCCGGAGGUGGUCCGCUAUUUUCAGCUCCAGGAUAACUUCAGGGAUGCAGUCGUUUACGUACUACCCAAGCUCCUUCUGGAACCCAUCUACCACUGCAUACACUACUUUGAUGUACUUAAGCUCCUACUGAAAACGUCUCCCAAUGAAGACGACAGGGAAAGCUUAAGACAGGCGUCUGGAGCCCUGAAGACACUACAGACAGACCUGGAAAGAAUUUGCACAGCGAAGAACCUACCGAAACGAAAAGCAGGUGAGACGCUGCGGUUCCACAGACGGGUUGCCUCGAGGCAGCUCAGCAUCCAGAAGAUGAACGAGAUUCAGAAGAACAUUGAGGGCUGGGAAGGCAAAGACAUCAACCAGCUGUGUAAUGAGUUCAUCAUAGAAGGAAACCUGGGCAAAGUCCAUGCUGGCAAAAACAAAAAGGCAAACACGGAGAGACACAUCUUCUUGUUUGACCUGAUGAUAGUCUGCUGCAAGCAGAAUGCACGGAAGUCGGUUACCAGCAGCUCGCCAGAGUACCGGUAUAAGGAACGCUAUACACUCAGGAAGAUCAGUCUACUUGACAGGGAAAAUUCAGACGAUUUAAAGUAUGGAUUUGAGAUCAAGCUUAAGGAGCAACAUCCCCCGAUCAUCUUUUUUGCCAAGAAUCAGGAGGAGAAGACGAGUUGGAUGGAGGCGCUCACAACGUUAUGUUUAAGAAGUACUAUUGAGAGAAUGUUAGAUACGAUAUUGGCAGAGGAAGAGGCACAGCAGCCACUACGACUGCCUACAACAGAAGAAUACAAAUAUGCAGAGGAGGACUCCCCAAAUAAUAUUGUCUUUGAGGAAGGCCAGAAGUCCCGAGCUGGGGUACCGCUGAUCAAGGGCGGUACCCUGCUCAAGCUGAUAGAGAGGCUGACCUAUCACAAGUACGCCGACCCCUCGUUUGUCCGGACCUUCCUGACCACCUACCGGUCGUUCUGUAAACCGCAAGAACUGCUGUCACUACUCAUUGAGAGGUUUGAGAUUCAAGAUCCAGAACCGACCGAAGAGGACCGCCUCGCAUUGGACAGAGGGGCCACCGUGGUCCGGGAAGACUUGAAGAGAUUUCGCAAGGAAUACGCACAACCUAUACAGCUAAGAGUCCUGAAUGUGUUAAGACACUGGGUGGACCGUCACUUCUACGACUUUGAGCGCAACCCAGACCUACCCAAGAGACUUAUGGAGUUCAUCGACCAGGUCAAGGGCAAGGCCAUGAGGAAGUGGGCGGAGUCAAUCAAGAAGAUUGUACAGAGGAGGCAAGAGGCUGACCAGUGCAUCCGUGAGAUCACAUUUGAGAAGGACCCACCCUUAUUGGAAUGGCACAUCACAAAAAUACCUCCUGAAUUCGACCUCAUGACGUUACAUCCCAUUGAGAUUGCUAGGCAGUUGACGAUACUGGAGGCUGAUUUGUUCCGGGCUGUCCAACCCUCUGAGCUGGUCGGUACCGUCUGGACAAAGAAGGAUAAAAACACCACCUCACCUAACCUACUCAAGAUGAUCCACCACUCCAACAUGCUUAUUCUGUGGUUGGAGAAGUGCAUCGUAGAGGCUGACAAUUUUGAGGAGCGUAUUGCUGUCUUGUCCAGAAUAAUAGAAAUAAUGAUGGUGUUUCAAGAAUUGAAUAACUUCAAUGGCGUGCUGGAAGUCGUCAGCGCAUUGAACUCCUCGGCUAUACACAGACUAGAGCACACAUUCAGGGAGUUAUCUCCCAGGAAGAAACAGGCCUUGGAAGAGGCCAAGGAACUCUCCGGAGACCAUUACAAGAAGUACACAGAGAAGCUACGGUCUAUUAAUCCUCCCUGUGUACCAUUUGUAGGCAUGUACCUGUCCAACAUCCUCUUCACUGAGCAGGGUAACCCAGACUUCCUACACUCAGAGGUGGAGGGCCUGAUCAACUUCAGCAAGCGGCGGAAGGUGGCGGAAAUCACCGGGGAGAUCCAACAGUACCAGAACCAGCCCUACUGUCUGCAGAGCGACAAGGGAAUUAAGAGAUUCUUUGAAAACUUGGACCCCAUGGAGGACCAGUCGGAGAAGGAGUUCAACGAUUACUUGUACGAGAAAUCCUUGGAGAUUGAACCCAGAAAUUGCAAGCAACCACCGAAAUUUCCUCGCAAGUUUGAGUAUUCGUUGAAGUCGCCGGGGAUCAAGCCCUCUGCUAGUCGCCACAUAGCCGGUACCCUGAGGGGUCAAAGCGGAGGGUCCAGUAUGGAACUGAGGUCACCGCUAUUCUCAACGAGAACAACAGAUGAGGAGUCUAUCACCUCCCCCAAGGCAAUGAGUGGGACUCCGCCCUCCCCACACACCCCCACCACUCCCUCUAGUAGCUCCGUCUUCAAUGACAACAGUGUUUUUGCUAAUGUGGAGAUAGGUUGCAGCGGCCAAGAUGACGAGGAGCUUCCUCCCCCAGUCCCACCCAGGAUGAGGAUAGGCAGCAACUCCCCGACUAGACCCUCAGAUGUCUCAGAGCCGCCCCUCCUGCCACCCAAGACUAAGCCUCCACUGCCCCCACGCCGGAACUCUGCCCACCACCCUCCCAGUUACCUGUCCCAGCACAGCUCGCCUGCAACUCACUACACUGGGGGUGCUGCCGCGGCCUCCUCCGCAUCAACUCAGCCUUACCCUUCGGCCCAGACCAGCCAGCCAGACAUGAACGGCAGCAUCCCUGCCGUGCCACCUAGAAUCCACCGUAAGAGUCCGUCCUUCCCUCAAGACCACCACAUACGCCGUACGGCCUCGGUCAGCACCCCGCCCUCCUGCUCGUCACCCAAUGCGUUCUCGCACCGCCGGGAGGUGCCGUCGCCGGUGCCCCACCCGACCCAGUUUGAGUCCCCCUGGGUGCCCAAAGUCAAGAGGCCCUCAACCCCCACUCUCAACCAGUCCUUUCACUUGCAAUUUGCAAACUUGAGUUGUUCUUCCACCAUGCCGAAUCCAAUGCAACAGCAGCAGCAGCAGCAACAGCAAAAGUUCUAUCAGCAGCAGCAGCUGUACCAGCAGCAAACUUUUCAGCAGCAGCAACACCCCCACCACCAUCACCACCUCCAUCAGCAGCAACAACAACAACAGCAGCUGCAGCUGCCGCAUCAACAAACACUAGCAAACCAGCACUUUGUUGAGACGCAGCAAUAUCAACCAUCAGUACCAAACAGAGUCUCUCUGAGUGCGCCCCCGGUCCCUCUCAGACCCCACGAGCAGCAGAACUCCCAACCUAAGGGCCACUCCGUACCCACAGAACAAGUCUAAUUGCUCCAUCCCAUUGACAGUACAACUGAGGUUUUUUUGUUAAAAUAUGU